AUGGGACAGCGACGCCAGCUGUUCGUCAUCGCCCGCGUGGGUAAGCACUAUCGCUCCCUCGCUGCCGUCCAUCACCAAUGGCUCUACGGCGUAUCGGCCCUACGUUCAUGCCUUCGACUCCUCCGCAUCUUUUCAGACCCGGGCAACCAUUUGGCCCUCAAACACGAGCUGGACCUCGCUGCUUCUUUCUUCAAGGACAAGCCUCCGCCUCCCUCUGAGCCAGAAGAAUACCGAGAUGCCGAAAGCACCACCUGCCCUGUCCCCUUCAUCACGACUUGCCUGGCUAUCGGUGCUAGCUACGACUCCAAGACGGGCCAAGUCCAGGCCAUUCACGAGCUUCGAUACGACAUGGGCUAUGAUCAAGGCGACAACAAUGAUGGUAUAACCGUGAUUGACAUUACUGAUCUGGACCAUGUGCGCUAUUGCUUUGUGAACUUCGGCAAUGAAGAUGAUGAGGACUCUCAGAGUGAGCUACGCCGAGUUGGAUUGUCUAACAAGCGAAUGGACGCUCCCCCUUUUGACAACUUCGCCACUGAAACUCCCUUGACCGGGCGAGAAUACCUGAGAGGCUACUACAGCGAGUCAGAUGAGAUGGUGCAACGGAACAUGGAGGUUAUUGAGGCUCUCGAUAAUACGCCUCUUGUCGAGGAGGUGGCACUAGCAACCGAUGCCAAACUGUUCGACCGUCUUCUCACAUCGACAGACGAUGAUUUCGACCCCUCCCUCCUGGAUGAAGUCCGAAAUUUCCCUGGCUUUCAGCGGAUGGUCAAGGAAUACCUUCUCUCCCACCCUGAAAAGGUUGGCCCAACGCAGGCUUCGGCCCAUCUUCUCCAGCUAGCCUACGCUGGUGAGGACUGUCUGGAGUGGAAUCUCUUCACGAAACUCGACCCCAAGACGAUCAAAGCCGCCCUCACAUCCGACGCAUUGAAGGGUGCCACAGGGAUCAGCCUUACGGCCUUGCAGAACAGUGAGCCUGCAGAGCUCUUGGCAGCCUUGUCCUCUCUCGACCGUCUCCACACCCUGCAGGUCCUGGAUCGGCCAGACCGCGAAGAUGAAGGCGCCAGCAACCGACUGUUUGAAGCUCUUGCCGAGUCAGACUAUCCUCUGGCCCUCAAGAAGCUGACGCUCACUGGUCUUUAUGCAAACGGAAUCCGUCAGAACAUCUGGCGCCCCUACCGAGACCAGCCCAAGACUCUGGAAGCAUUUCCAGUGGUGCAACUGCUUGUCAGCCAUGAGGGGAAGGAUAGUGGCUUUGUCGCUUCUUCUGAAUUGCAACUCGAGUCCUACAACGGAACUGGCCUCCAGUGUGCACACUGCUUCUCGUGCGGACCUUCAGCCCUUGGAGAAGACAAAUCUUCAGAGAUUGCAGCACUCCCGACCGAGACAUAUACCAUCGCAAAGGGAUCGUACCACUCCAGUGCCUACAAAGGCGUACAGUCUAAGCUGCGGGAUCUCACCCCCGAUAGCUGGAUGGCUGUUGUAUCUAAGAAGAGCGACACUGAGUUCGCGGGUGUCGACAGCCCUAGCACAACUCGCAUGCGGUUCAAGUACGCGUUCGUCCGCUCUAAGGCAACCAUCCAGGUCGAUCAGAAGCACUGGAGGGGUUCUGAUAUCCAGCCUACCGAGCUUGAAGUGGUGGAUAUAAAGGAAUUUCUUCACAAAACUACACCUGAAGUCGACACGAGCAAACUUGCCUACCACGUUUCCAACCUUGAAGACACUCUUGUGCAGGCUACGCGUGCACGAACUAUCGUAACAACACCCGAUGAGGAGCCUCUUUUCUCUUCGCUCAGCCCUGAUGAGGCCUGUGUCAUAUUGAACAAGUUUGUCGGCGCGAUGCCGCAGGUGCAGAAGUCUGUGGCGAGAGGCUCGAGAUGGGGCAUCGGGGAAGAUGCUUGGAUCUCCAAGCUCGGAUUUGAUGCCGAUGAGAAGGACUGA